UCACGAGUUCCGCGGCGGCUUCCCUUGAGGGCCAAUCGGCCGUCUGUUAUCGCCAUCGACGAUGCUACUCUUUGCGCUAGCCAGUCACAUUCAAGAAUCCGCCCAAGCAAGCACAAAUCGGGACAAACAGUCGGAAAAAGUCGAAUCGCGUGCAUUGAAACGGAUUUCGUUGGUUUUUGCGUGUUAAGCAUUUUGUGUUAUUUUAAGGGUACAUAACACUAGGGAAGGUAAGCGGAAUCCGUCUUUAACGUAUUUGCAGGUGUGUGAAGGUUGGUCUCGGAUUUAUUGCUACCUGCAGUAAGAUGCAUACACGCUUCCUGCUGAUAUACUGCGUUGUGCUGCUCGGUUGUUGCUCUCUGUCUGCUGGAGUGUUCUUCAACCAUGGUGGCACCUAUUUGGGUUCGAUGAAGCAUAUGUUCAGAAAGUAUGCCCAUCUGCUUGAUUCGGAACGCAGGCUAUCGCCUGUUAUUUUUGUACCAGGCGAUGGCGGAAGUCAGAUGGAUGCAAUGAUCGAUAAACCCAGCAAGGUGUCGAUCCUCUGUCAGAAGCACACCACCACCUUCUUCAACAUUUGGCUGAAUAAAGAACUGCUGUUGCCGCUCGUGAUCGACUGCUGGAUCGAUAACAUUCGGCUGGAGUAUGAUAACGUAACGCGCACCUCACGUAACGCUCCCGGCGUUGUAACGCGCGUACCAGGCUUCGGUCAAUCGGAAACGGUCGAAUGGAUUGAUCCGUCACACGCAUCGGUUGGUGCGUACUUUGUCAAUAUCGCGAAUGCGCUCGUCGCAAAUGGUUACGUACGGGACAAAUCAAUCCUUGGUGCUCCGUAUGACUUCCGGAAGGGACCGACUGAACAUAAGGAGUAUUUUCUCGCGCUUAAGUUCUUAGUCGAGCAGUCGUACACGCUGAACCAUGAUACACCGGUCACGUUCAUUGUGCACAGCAUGGGCGCUCCGAUGACGUUACACUUCCUGCAACAGCAAACGUCUCAAUGGAAAGCAAAAUACAUAAAGCGCGUCAUCUCGAUAGCUGGAGCCUGGGCCGGCAGUGUUAAAGCCCUCAAGGUAUACGCGAUCGGAGACGAUCUGGGUGCGUUCGCGCUGAGCGGCAAAGUGAUGCGUGCCGAACAGAUCACUAACCCUUCGCUGGCAUGGCUGCUACCGUCACCAUUGUUCUGGAAACCGAACGAGGUACUAGCACGUACACAGUCGCGCAUAUAUACGAUGAACCAGCUGAACGAGUUUUUCGACGAUCUGGAUUUUCCGGACGGUUGGGAGAUGCGCAAAGAUGCACUUCCGUACGCGCUUAACUUUACUGCACCGGGGGUCGAAUUGCACUGUCUGUACGGUAGCAACAUUAACACGGUCGAAUCCUUGGAUUAUCAAAAAUCGUACGAUCUCAGUGGUACUCCCGUACUGAAGAUGGGCAAAGGAGACGGUACGGUCAAUGCUCGUUCGCUCGAGGCAUGCCAGCAGUGGACAAAGCAACAGAAGCAACCGAUCAUUACCAAAGAGUUCCCCGGUGCAGACCAUAUGAGCAUACUGGGCGAUGUGAACGUUAUCGAUAACAUUGUAAAGUUGUUGCUGUCGGAUCUGUCUAACUAAACACAGACCAAAGAUGAUCGUUGUUUUGCGUUAGUGCGCUGCCAUUCGAUGUGGUGCCAUAGAUCAUAUCCGUAGCUCUGCUAUUUCCUCAACCCAAUACCGAUUAGGGAUACUCAUCAACAAGACUUCAAUCCUCGACGCAAAGACUAAAUAGACCAAAUGUGAUUACUAAUGUUUAAACACUGUUUCGCACGGUGGAUUGAUUGAAGCAGAUUGUUUACCGCGACAAAUCUCAUCCCCCCUUGUUUGGCUGAUGUGCAUUUACCAUUUCUGCAAGGUUAAAUAAGUUCAAUAAAGUUUACAUUCAAGUUUAAGUUUCAACUGAAA